GCGUAACAGAAAAAGUCUUCCCAGUGAGCUGAAUCUUCCCUUCACGCUCCUACCUUCGGACGAGGACCUCACGUGUCUUCCUCCUCACUCCUUCAGUCCUUUCCCAUUUUUUGUCGUCAAAGUUUAACAAACACUAGAAACCAUUCCACUUCAAAGUAGGGAUUUUGGGGUUUCAGCUUAUUCAGGUGUUGAUCAUUUUUAUUGAAAUUGGAAUAUUUGAAUUUUAGUUUAUCGAGUUAGUGAUCCACUUUCUUGAAAAUGGAGGCAAAAACGUCGGUGAGAUUUACAUUAGGAAGGCAAUCAUCACUUGCUUCAGAAAGGUGGAGUGAUGAGUUGGAGAGGGAAGGUGAUGAUGAUGAGGAGGAUUAUGAAGAAGAGGAAUGGAACGGGGAGGAUAUUGAUCCAGGGGUGAGGCUUAUGUAUGCUGCCAAUGAGGUUGACUUGGAUGGCAUUAAGGAGCUUUUGGACUCCGGUGUCGAUGUAAAUUUCCGGGAUAUUGAUGACCGGACAGCAUUACACGUUGCUGCUUGCCAGGGGUUUAGUAAUGUUGUCAAGUUGUUGAUUGAAAAUGAGGCUCAAGUUGACCCCAAAGAUCGGUGGGGCAGCACGCCUCUUUCAGAUGCUAUUCAUUACAAAAAUCAUGAUGUGGUCAAACUAUUGGAGAAGCAUGGUGCAAAGCCUUUGAUGGCUCCCAUGCAUGUCAAAAAUUAUCGUGAAAUUCCUGAAUACGAGAUUGAUCCUGAAGAACUUGAUUUCACUUUUGGUGCUGAGAUAAAGAAGGGAACAACUUUCGAAGUAGCCUCCUGGCGAGGAACAAAAGUUGCAGUGAAAAAGUUUGGAGAGGAAGUCAUCUCUGAUGAAGAUAAAGUGCGGUCAUUUAGAGAUGAGCUUGCUUUGCUUCAGAAGUUAAGACAUCCAAAUUUGGUUCAGUUUCUUGGUGCUGUUACACAAAGCAGCCCCAUGAUGAUUGUGAUAGAAUAUCUUCCAAAGGGUGAUCUGCGUUCAUUGUUGGAGAAAAAAAGAGCCCUUAAACCUACCAUAGCUCUCAGAUAUGCGUUGGAUAUUGCAAGAGGAAUGAAUUAUUUACAUGAAACUAAACCAGAAGCAAUUAUUCAUCGACAUCUGGAGCCUUCAAACAUAUUGCGAGAUGAUUCUGGACAUCUCAAAGUUGCAGACUUCGGAGUUACCAAGCUACUAAAAGUUGCCAAAAGGGUUAAAGAAGAUAGGCCUCUAUCAUAUCAUGAAGUUUCUUGCCGAUAUGAAGCUCCUGAGGUUUUCAGGGAUGAAGAAUAUGAUACCAAGGUGGACGUUUUUUCAUUUGCUCUAAUUUUACAAGAGAUGAUUGAAGGAUGCCCACCAUUUUAUACAAAGAAAGCAGGUGAAGUUCCUGAUUUAUAUGCCAUGAAACAGCGCCCUCCUUUUAAAGCUCCAACGAAGUUUUAUGCCCAUGGAAUAAAAGAAUUGAUUGAGGAAUGUUGGAGCCAAAUUCCAGCAGAUAGACCAACAUUUGAGCAAAUAAUUCAUAAGCUGGAAAUCAUCUCCAACAAAUUUGGCCACCGAAGUCGUUGGAAGGUCAGACCAUUGAAAUGUUUCCAGAGAGUGGAGGCCAUGUGGAAGAAAGAUUUAGAUCCCUCUUCUCGAUCUACCAGCAGCAUUUAGGUCAUCUGGGUAUACUUUUGUCUUGGCUCAAGUAUGCAGUUUUACUUCUUUUUCCUGCUAUGAGAAUUUCCAGCCAAAGUUAGAAGAGAUUGAUUGCUAUCUGUACCGCACGAGGCCUUUAGAAUAUUUGCAAAAUAAUUGGCCCUCUUGCCACAUUGUUCACAUCUCCUGAUGAUUCUUAGUGACAUUGAGUUCACUCCCAGUGUCGAUAACUUCCUCAUUCUCUUCAUUAGUAUGAAUUUUCAGCAAAA